AUGGCUACCUCAGGUGCCAGAAAUGCAUUUAAAGCUUUUGGAAAAGUAAAUCGGGCGCUUUUGCCUCAAGUGCAAACGAUACGCGAUUCAAAACUAGGGAAACCAUUUUACCUUAUUUACGUGGACUAUAAGAAUGUUCUGUUUGACUUUUCACAGUUUGUUUACAAGAAACCAUUGAAAGCUCUGAGGAACUUUGGUAUGAUUUUUGGUCUGGUCGGUAUAUGGGUUACCAAUCCUGAACCAGAUUCCUACACAGCACAGCUAAUGGAGAACGCUAAUACAUUGCUUUUGCUUAGCAGUAAGGUUAGAAACAGCAAUUGUAACGAAAGAAUACAAAACUUAGUCAAACUGAACUCAGAGGGGAGACUGUUGGUUCAUAAUUUUGGAUUUUUUUCGUUGGUUCGUCAUAAGGAAUAUAGCGACACUUCCUGUUUCUACGAAGCGAGAUGCUUUUAUCUGAAAGAACGCUGGUUGUACUUGUAUAAGAAUGUUGUGGAUAUUGGCAUUCUAGGAAAAUGGUAUUUCCUAGAAAAGGCGAUGGUCAAUUAUGACGUGAAUGAUGAGGAGCUGUCAUGGCAACCAGGAGAAUACCACGAUGGAAAACGUACAUAGGGUUAUUUUUACUUGUAAUUUCUACUUUACA